AUGUACUCAAGUAUCACCCUCUCUUCUAGCUCUGCUGCUAUCCACUCGGAUCCGGCGUACUACGACCAGCCAGACGACUAUGAUGCGUUGAGGUUCGCACGGGUGAGAGAAUCGUUCGAUGAGGAGGAGAAGGUGCUGGACAAGAAGCAGCAGGCGACUGUCAGUAUUGGAGAGAACUUCAUGUCGUUUAGGGCGGGGAGGCAUGCGUGUCCGGGAAGAUUCUUCGCGGCACAAGAGAUGAAGCUUAUGCUGGCUUACAUCGUCAACAACUACGAUGUCAGACUCACCGGGCCACGCCCUCAGACGAUCUAUAUGAAGAAUGCUGCGAUGCCAGAUUUGACGGCGUCUCUGCAGUUUAGGUUGAGGCAGUCGUGA